UUCGUACUUCUACCGUCGGUUGAACAGCACACGCGCGUGUAUAUCCUGUUUCGGUGUGUGCUUACUACACUGACCCGUUCAUUAUUUUCGCGGUUCUCCAGCUGCAAAUUUUGGUUCUAUCCUUACGUUUUGACCCGAAGCAAUUCCUUCAGUUUUGUAAGAACCUCUACUAGUUUACCGCUGUGUCAGUUUACUGAAACUCUAGCAGCGUCCAUUCUUGAAUAACUGUCGAAAAACGCGCGAUCGUUCCGACGCCAGUAGCAGGACCAAACAUAGGAUUACCCCCCGUCAAGGUUUGCGAACUUAACUGAACCUACCUGUAUGAAAUUGGAAACACAGCAGAUAUGCUAAAAUCGAGUAAUACAAAGCGAAAUCAAGUGCUUUUACUUCAGUGACCAACAAAUCAACACAUACACACAGCAACGUGGUGGUUUUUGUAUUCAAGUAAAAAGGUUGUGCAGAUAGAAGCAAUUCAAAUAUAAGUGUAACAAGUGCGAAUAAAUUGAGCCGCAGCAUUUGUACGACGGAAAGGAAUAUACCUAAUAUAGUGCACACAAAAGCAAAGGAGCAAAUUAAUUUGGUCCUAAUCUUCCGACAGCUGUAAGCCGCUUGCAUAAUGUAAAAGUGAAUAGAAGUGAUUCAUAAUAGCGAGUUCUGUGUGUAUUACAAUACUAAUUGCAACUGUAAAGUGAUCUUGUCAAGAGAAGGGCUAAAAAACACGAAGAUUUGUACUGGUGUGAAUCGAGUGAGAUCAUUUCUAAACCGAAAGACUAUAAACACAGCAAACGCGCGAAAAAUAGUUUUCCGAUUGGAUCACCCACGCCUGCCCUGAUUCUGUUAUAAAUAGCAACCAUCGUUUCAUUAACAACAACUGUCCAGCACACAACACGUCAAUUGUCAAAAUUAUCACCAAUCAAUCAUCAUCGUCGUCGGUUGCCUCGUGCUCCUCCAAACCACCAUCGUCGCCAGCAGUAUCGGUGAACGCCGGAUCCGCCACAACGUCCACCAAGAUGAGGAUAAAGCGCGAAUCAACCUGCCUCGGACUACGCCUGAUGCCCACGACCAAGCUCGCGAUUCACAAUCCUCACAAGCGACACAAAGAUACCUGCGACGAUUCGUCGAUCACGCCCGGGACGCGGAUCCCUUUGGCGCGUAGCUGUUCCAGUCCGGCUGUAUCCUAUGACAUUGAAACGCAUCCCGCAUCGCCUGUGUUUCCACACCUACUGCUCGGCAAUGGCCGGGACGCCAUCGAUCCGUCAACUGUGGGAGCAAACUGUGUUCUAAAUGUGACCUGCCAGCAGCCAGCGGGUAGUCAGCUAAAAGCGGGACUCGAGUACAAACAGAUUCCUGCCAGCGAUACACCCCAUCAAAAUAUCAAGCAGUACUUCCAGGAGGCCUUCGAUUUCAUUGAGGAUGCCCGCAAAAAGGGUUCCACCGUGCUGCUGCACUGUCAGGCUGGUAUCAGUCGUAGUGCCACGAUUGCCAUAGCCUAUGUCAUGCGGUACAAAGCCAUCUCCCUGCUGGAGGCGUACCAGAUAGUGAAGCUGGCCCGGCCAAUCAUCUCACCCAAUCUGAACUUCAUGGGCCAGCUGCUGGAGUUGGAACAAGCUUUGAUCGCUGACGGAAAGCUCGAACCUCCGCCUCCAUCGCCAAUAGUGGCGCCUAGUCAACCGCCAUUUUUUCUCAUCAAUAACUGCAGUAAGUUUAUCCCACACGACGAGGAAAUGGACGCCGAUGAUGAUGAUAGUAAAAACAACAACCGGGACAGCGGUUGUAGCACUGCUAGUAGCAGUAGCACCAGCUCUACCAGAAGUAGCAUCAGCCACGUUAGCAACGGCCGGUGCCCUCCUCGGUUGACACUGAAGCUUCCGACUUCACCGCCAUCAUCGCCGUCAUCACUAUCUUCUCCUUCUUCACUAUCAUCCUCUUCCUCGACGCCCUCACCCACUCAAUCGUCGGCACCGAUUCCGGCGACGCCCAUUAGCACCAUUGCUCCCAGCUCUUUCCCCUCCUGCAGCACUGUCAAUAGUUCCGGUGUACGGUCAGCACACCCCAGUUCCCGUUCAUGAUCAGGUUUAAGCUAGUUAGAAAUAGUUUCUUCGUCCCUCUAUUAUGUAAUCUUAAAUUUGUGUGAUACAAAAAUAUUUUAACGUGAGAGCUAAUUUAUGAACUUUUAUAUAAAACAAACGACCUGUGUAAAUAGUAGCCCGUAAGAAACCGGCUUUCCUCUGUUAGUUGAAAAAAAAUGCAUUGAAAUAACGUGUGUUGAACUUUUUUUCGUGAAAGGAGAAAUAUAUCUAUAAAUUUACAAGAUGAACGAAUCGCCCAUAUCACUAUUGUUUACAAAGCAUGUUUGUUGAGAAAAUAAUUUAAAUCUUUGGAUGCAUUUAGCGCCAUCAGAACAGCGACUGGUAGCAUCAAUCACAGCUUGUGAGAGCAUCACAGUCGCAAAGAAACUCACCGACGCCAUAUUUGUUUCUCUUAUUUCAAACUGGAAAAAAACUAUAAAGAAAGCAAACUCUAGUCUCAUUUACUAUUUAAGUUACUGUACGCUAAGAUUAAAAUAUAAAGCAACUGUAGAAUUAAAAGCGAGCUAAAAAUAAACUCAACAAUGGAUUCGGAUCAAUAUUAA